CCAAUCAUCUGCGAGGAAGCGUCCCCAAAUCCGAAUGACCUUUGGAGGCGGGGCAAACAAUGCGGAAGCAUAUGGAGGGUGCAUGAUGCCCUUGCUUCCCUUGUAAGGUUUUGGCGAUAGAUUUAAAAACGUCUCUGCACCUGGUUUUAUUAUUGAUCGGUUUGAUUCUGAAAGACAAUCCAUUAUGCCUCUUCUAAAAUACUCCCCAAAAGUCUCGGAAGCCCUUAAACUGAAAGAGGGCAUCUAUGCUCGCCUCCCCAAACACUAUCUUAAGUCCCUCGAACAAAAAGAGCCCACUCCUGUCCACUGGAAGCCCCUGGGGGUCCAGUACCGUCUCAGUCCGAAGACAGGACAGAAGGAACGGGUCCAGGAUGUGCCAAUUCCCAUCUACUACCCUCCAGAGUCCCAGGAUGGCCUGUGGGGAGGAGAAGGCUGGAUAUCAGGCUACAGAUAUGCAAAUAAUGACAAAAUGUCGACUCGUCUAAAGAAGACAUGGAAACCACAGUUAUUAAAGAGAGAACUGUACAGCGAGAUCCUGGACCACAAGUUCACCAUCACUGUCACAGCACGCACCCUGAACCUCAUCGAUUCUGCCUUUGGAUUUGACUUUUAUAUUCUCAAAACACCAAAGGAAGACCUCAACUCCAAGCUUGGAAUGGAUCUGAAGAGGGCCUUGUUGCUUCGUCUGGCACGCAAAGAUACUGAGCUGUACCCUAGUAACCCAGUCAAGAGAGAGAAGGUCUAUGAAAAGUACAAGCAGCAGUUUGAGAUCCCAGAGGAGGAAGCAGAGUGGGUGGGUCUGAGUCUGGAAGAGGCUGUGGAGAAACAGAGGCAGCUGGAGUACAAGAAGCCUGAGCCUCUCUUUAAGGUUUGUGUGGACCAGCUGGUGGAAGAGCUGCAUGUUCAAAAACUGGCGGAGCCACUGGUUGUUGAGAAGUGAUGACCUAAACUGGACAUUAUCAGGCUGAGGAGCAAAGUGGGUUGAAGUGUCAAACUUCUCCAGAUGGUGGUGGGAGUUUGAGUCACAAACUUUCUGUUUUCUAAAACCUUUUCACCACUGAAUGCUCACUCGGAGAACUUCCUGUUUGUUCAUGUUGUGGUUCCAUCUGGGAGCAAAGAAAAAGACAAGGUCAUAUUGGAAUAAAGGUUAUCUACAUCUUUAGCUUUCCCCAUCGCAUGUAAGAUCCAUUUGCAAAACAUUUCAGGAUUCAUGGAGAAAAUCCCCAACAGUAUAAAUAUUACCAGACAUGCUAGUAUAUAACGUCUUUGUAUAGGUUAUCUGAAAAAUUAAAAUCAAAUUCUUUUUUUUAAA